AUGAUAGUGUGUCGGACUACUCUCUUCUCUAUUCUAUCCGCUGAUUCGUUCCUUCGCCGCGCCAUUUCCGUCGUGUCUAUUUGCCCUUCCUUCCCUCACUCAACUCUUUUUUCCGUUUUCCACUUUUCCUCUCUCUCGUGCAUGGCGACCGCCACUAUUGAGCAGUUGGGAGACGAGCUCUCGUUAUUUGACGGCGCAGCGACGAUUCUCCUAGCAGCGUACGAGAAGCAAGGCCCGUACGACGUGGAUGUGUACGCGCUAACAGUACCGGGUGUGAUUGAAGCGGAGGUUCGCGUUCGCCGGGUGCACCCUCUGUUGCAAGAACCUGAUGACGCUGAGGCGCACAUCAACCUGGCUAUCCUCGAUGUAGCGUACUCUCCUACAGUGCAUGGGCUCUUGGGUCAGUUCUACCGAGCCAACGCCACGUCAGAACCCACCCUAAACUACUCCAUUCUGUCACACCUAAUGGCCAUGCCAUUGGUUCCUUCCUCCGAAGCUUCUUCCGAAGGGGAGCUUGAGGGAGUACCAGAAGAUUACGUCACGUCCUCCCUCCUCGCUCCUGACUGCAAAUUCACUCAAUUCUCGCUCUUCCCUAAGAAGACCACCAGGAUCGACAGCGUAGAAGACACGGCGGCUGAGGCAGCUGAAAUGGCUCUAGGGGAAGCUGACAUGACUGAAUCGAUCCUUUCAAAAGCAGCUGAAAAGGCCAACCAAGUUGCUGACGCUGCUGCUGCCGUGAAUCCCGAAGAGACUACUCUCAAGCUCUCUCAAGUGGGGUCAGCUGAUAAUGAGCAAAGAAUCGCUUUUUGA